AUGAGCAAUGCCGUGUCAAAUGAAGUGUUCAAUGUGAAAACCGAUAACAAGCCACGCACGUUACAUGAUUUCAAAUGGGAGAAAAUCUUAUCAGAUGAGCAACUUAUCAUGAAAGCCGAGGUGGACAUUCUCAUGGCUAUGUAUCUGGUCAAGAAAGCUUGGGUUUCUGCGUACUCGCACGUACUGAUCAACGCUUUCAUGAAAGCUGGGUUCAAAUUCACAUUGAUUCAGUCGGUGAUGCAACCACCAGAGGAUAAAUGCGAUUUGAUCGAGGACUUUACUUGUGUUGUGUCAAUUAGUGACCGUCUUUUUGAGGAAGAAAUCGCCUGUUUGAAAUCUGGGAUGAAGAAUUUAGAAUUUGUGCAUCUAGUCUCUUUUUUAGUCUAUAAGUGA